AUGGCAGCGUUCCCUCCCGGCGGCACUUACUUCGACGGCAAGAAGUCGUUCGCCCAAGUCCCAGUCGAUGACAGCAAAGAUGGCGGCGCUAUCUCAACAACAGAAUUCCUUGAGGCAGCAGAAGCUCUGACUGGCCUGUUCGAUAUCCUAGGACCUACCGCCUUCAAGCCCGUCAAGACCGACAUGGCCGGCAACAUCAAAAAGAUCCGCGAUCGCCAGCUUGAGAGCCCCGUGGACUCGGAGACACUUCAAGAUCUGGCGAGGAACGAGCUGAAGACGAAGAAACACACUGCAACGGAAGGUCUACUAUGGCUAACAAGAGGCCUCGACUUCACAGCCCAAGGUCUCCGCCACAACCUCAAGCACUCCGACCAAGAACUCUCCGUCUCCUUCCGCGAAGCCUACGGCGGCACCCUCAAGCCACACCACUCCUUCGCCAUCAAACCCAUCUUCUCCAUGGCCAUGUCUGCCUGCCCGUACCGAAAGGACUUUUACGGGAAGCUUGGUGAUGAUCAGCCGAGAGUGCACAAGGAGCUCGAUGAGUGGCUGCAGGGUUUGGAGAAGAUCGUGGACAUCUUGAAUAAGUUUACACAGAGCAAGGAGGCCCAGUGGAAGUAA